AUGAAUCUCGCAGCAGGCCCAGCCGCAUGGGCUGGAGCGACUCCGCUUCCUAUGCGGACGAUUCUAAGGACGGUUCAACGUCCUCGACAACGAAAUAACUUUACUCGCAAAGCUCAAACAAGGAGAUUCUACGAUGCCACCGCUUUUAAAAGACCGUCAAUACAAAGAUCAUCAAUAUGCUCACGACCGCCGUCGAGUCAAGUCCGACACUUCUCCGCAACCACGACUUUCCAGGCUAUGAAUGAUCCUUAUGCGACUUUGGGGGUUGGAAAGAAUGCUACCGCAUCUGAGAUCAAGAAAGCAUACUACGCUCUAGCAAAGAAAUACCACCCAGAUACGAACAAAGACCCUAACGCGAAGGAGAAAUUCACGGAUGCGCAGUCAGCAUAUGAGCUACUCAACGAUCCUCAAAAGAAGGCUACAUAUGAUCAAUACGGUGCAGCGGCCUUUGAUCAAGGGGCCGGCUUUCAUCCCGGCGCGGGGAACCAGCAUCCAUUUUCCGGAGCUGCUGGAGCAAACCCUUUCUCCGGGUUUGGUGGAGGCUUUGGCGCGGAGUUCAACUUUGAGGAUCUUUUUGGCGCGUUCACUGGCGGUCGCCGCGGGCGGAGGGCCGGAGGGCCUUUCCAGGAAGAAAUUCUGGUGGGGGAGAAUAUCGAGGUACAAACAAACAUAUCCUUCAUGGACGCUGCAAAGGGCGUGUCCAAAAACAUCACCAUCACACCUCUUGUACAAUGCGGCACCUGUAAAGGCGACGGUAUGAAACCGGGCUCGUCGAGGCAGCAAUGCAAACGCUGUAAUGGAACCGGUACAAGGAUCCAUGUCAUGCAGGCCGGAUUUCAGAUGGCGUCUUCCUGCGAUGCUUGCAGUGGGACUGGAGUUGUUAUACCGAGAGGCUCCGAAUGUAACACGUGCGCUGGUAAUGGAGUGGUCCGCAAGAGAGAAACGGUGGAAGUCGAUAUCCCGGGUGGAGUGGAGGAUGGAAUGCGUCUACGAGUGGCCGGUGCCGGUGACUACCCUCCCACCGGAAUGUCAGCAAAUCCCAAAGCACGAACCCAGCGCGGGGAUUUGUACGUCUUCAUUCGGGUAGCGCCAGAUGCCAGGUUCAGCCGCAACGGGGCCGAUAUCCUCCAUACCGCCUCGAUACCUUUGACGACAGCGCUACUUGGGGGGGAGGUGGUUGUGCCUACACUGGAUGGAGAAGUCAAAGUGAGGGUUGCGACAGGAACAUCAACAAAUGACAGAAUAACACUGCCCGGAAUGGGUAUGAAGAGACUUGGUGGACGCGGUGCUGGUUCUUCUGGCGACCUUAGGGUGGAGUUCAAAGUUCAGAUGCCCAAAUAUCUGACGGCCAACCAGCGGACUAUUAUUGAGAUGCUAGCUGACGAAAUGGGCGACAAGACGGCGAAGAGGAUCAUGAACUUGGACAAGUACAAGCAGGAGCCUGCCAAAGACAGUAAAGCAUCGAAACCGUCCAACAAGGCCGCUGAUCACAAGAACGAAGGAUUCCUCAAAUCUACCUGGCAUCGACUUACCCACCAGCACGAUAAUCUAGAGCCAGACAAGCCAGGUAAAGAGAAAGAAGCAGAAGCGCAAGACGAGGAUGAGCCGAAGAAGGCAUCCGGGUCCGGUUGA